AUGAAUGGAACAGAGGGUCCAAAUUUCUAUGUGCCCAUGUCCAACAAGACAGGGAUAGUACGGAGCCCAUUUGAGUAUCCGCAGUACUACCUUGCUGACCCAUGGAAGUUCUCUGCACUGUCUGCUUACAUGUUUCUGCUGAUUCUCCUUGGCUUCCCUGUCAACUUCCUGACUUUAUAUGUCACCAUCCAGCACAAGAAACUCCGGACGCCCCUCAACUACAUCCUUUUGAACCUGGCCUUUGCUAACCUCUUCAUGGUCUUUGGAGGAUUCACCACCACCAUGUACACCUCAAUGCAUGGUUAUUUUAUCUUUGGGACAACAGGCUGCAACGUUGAAGGUUUCUUUGCUACACUGGGUGGUGAAAUAGCUCUGUGGUCCCUAGUAGUCUUGGCCAUUGAAAGAUAUGUGGUUGUCUGCAAGCCCAUGAGCAACUUCCGAUUUAGUGAGACCCAUGCCCUCAUGGGUGUCAUUUUCACCUGGGUCAUGGCCCUGGCCUGUGCUGCUCCUCCACUAUUUGGAUGGUCUAGGUACAUCCCAGAGGGUUUGCAGUGCUCAUGUGGAAUUGAUUAUUACACUCUGAAACCUGAGGUCCACAAUGAAUCUUUUGUCAUCUACAUGUUUGUGGUUCACUUCCUCAUUCCACUGAUCAUCAUUUCCUUCUGUUAUGGGCGCCUGGUCUGCACUGUUAAAGAGGCUGCAGCUCAGCAACAGGAAUCUGCCACCACCCAGAAAGCCGAGAGAGAAGUUACUCGCAUGGUCAUCAUCAUGGUUAUUUCAUUCCUCAUUUGCUGGGUCCCCUAUGCCAGUGUGGCUUUCUACAUUUUCACCCACCAGGGAUCUGACUUUGGCCCUGUCUUCAUGACUAUCCCAGCUUUCUUCGCCAAGAGCUCUGCUAUCUACAACCCAGUGAUUUACAUUGUAAUGAACAAACAGUUCCGUAACUGCAUGAUCACCACCAUUUGCUGUGGAAAGAACCUGCUGGGUGAUGACGACGCUUCUGCUGGCACCAAGACAGAGACUUCUUCAGUCUCCACCAGCCAGGUUUCUCCUGCGUAG